AUGGAUGUGGGCACAAACAACUACGUCGAAAACUGCACUGCAAGGGUCAAUCACAAAUACUACGGAAUAGAUUAUCCAGGGUCCGAAGCAACAGGGAGGUUCAGCAAUGGCUUCAACACUGCUGACACUAUCGUCCAACAAUUGGGUGGCUAUGACCGCAGUCCACUGCCAUAUCUUGCACUCGUUAAUUCUAGUACGAACUUUUCGGGAGAUGUACUUCGCGGGGUUAACUUUGCUUCUGGGGGUGCUGGCCUUGCUACACAAAUUGGGCAAAGUUUUUAUGGGAAAGUGAUAUCUAUGGAAGAGCAAGUCCAGCAGUUCGGGACAGUUAGGGGAAACAUAACAGCAUUACUCGGUGAAUCUAAAGGUGACCUUUUGCUUCAAAAUUCAAUGUACAUCAUCAGCAUUGGAAGCAACGAUGUCAUGACCUACAUAUUCAUGCGUCAAAUGACUCCUGAGCAGUUUAUCAUCAACAUAACAGAAACCUAUGCCAUCCAUCUAAAGAACUUAUAUAGUCUGGGGGCAAGAAAGUUUGGAAUUUUAAGUAUUCCACCAAUUGGGUGUUGUCCACUUGCCCGUUCAUUCAACGGUGGUAAUUGUACUGAUGAUACAAACAACUUGGCUGCAGCAUUGUACAAACCGUUUGAAUCCCUUUUGCAAAACUUAAGCUCUACACUAGAAGGGUUCAAGUACUCGCUUGGGAACACAUACAAUAUGACAAUGAAUGUCAUUACCAAACAAAUUGGGUUCAAAGAUGUCAAAUCAGCCUGUUGUGGGACUGUGACACAGCAGGGAUUAGGAGACUGCAAGGAAGGAGCGCACCUUUGCACAAAUCGUGAUGAUUUAUUGUUCUGGGAUGCAUUUCAUCCGACUCAAAAAGGCUCUCAACUGGCUGCUAGUGCAUUGGUUUUCAGCCAAGAUCCAGAAGUCGUGACUCCCAUCAAUUUUGGCAGUCUAAGAAAUGCUUAA